AUGAAACGACCGUUGUUCGAACAGCAAAGGGACAAUCACCACAUUCGGAUCAUCACGACCUCACAGUGUGGACCGGGACGCCGGGGCGGUGACAUUGGAAUCAUGAGCCAGCUGGACGACCUUCUCACCCAGCUGGGGACCGGCAGGUGGAGCAUCCUGCACAUCCUGAUCUUCAGCUACUGGUUCUCGCUACUCUCCUACCACACACUCGCAGGCGUUUUCCUAGCGCCCAAGAUCGACUUCACUUGCCGCCCGCCCGCCAACCGCCCGCACGCCCGCACCACGAAUGAUUCCUGCGCUUAUUUCGAGGAGGACUCAAGCACAGGCUUCGAGGAGGAGCGGCCGUGCACCGAGUGGGACUUCGACAACUCCACCUUCAGCUCCACCGUCACCUCAGAGUUCGGCCUCGUGUGUGAGAGGGAGUACUUACGGGCCACCUACCAAAGCAUCUACAUGUUAGGGAUCUUCGUGGGAGCUCCUCUCAAUGGUAUGAUGGCAGACAGGUGA